AUGUCCUCUCAUGAGCUCCAGACAGGCUUAGGCGAUCGGAGUUCACUGAUCAACGACGCGUCCCAGAACGAACAACCUCAAACAAUUUUGCUCACUAGGCCUCGAGGCCCAAGCACCGCCCCGCAGACAAACACAAUCUCGAAACUGGCUUGUGCAAACACCACCGCAAAACCCACCUCCUCCAAGCUCAGCCCUCUGAACAAACACUGGCACAUACUCGACCGCGCGCCCUCCUUGAACUCGCUCGCUUCGGCAGAGCUUAAGAUCUUGCCCGAGAGGAAAAGACGGGGAGGAACAGGAUGCCUCAGGAGUCUACUUCCAAAGUCACUGGUCCAGGGCGCUGCUGCUGCCCAACUUCAAAGCUCCCCGCAAAUGGGGCGUCCAAGCGCAAGCUCGGUGUCGCCUGGCUCACGCGCGUGGUAUGAAUUCGACCUUGCAGUUGUCGUCGCCCUCGUGUCGCCUAUUGGAAAUUGGCUCACGGGGGGAGAUCACAUCAAGAACCUCCUUCUCAUCAUUUUGCUCAUUUUCUAUUUACACCAGAUUAUCGAAAUCCACUGGGACCUGUAUCAAAAAUCCCGUCUACGCCGUCGUUCCCCCUCCCUUCCUCCCCUCCCAGACUCCACGGAACCGCCCUCCUACAGGACAUACGCAGCAUCCGAUCUGCGCUCAUUCGAACUCUCCUUACUCUUCCUAACCUUCCUCUCCCCCUUCCUCGGCGCCCUCUGCUGCUUGCUGCGCUACGCAACAGCCGCCGUCUCAGGCCCCCAAUCCGUCUCAUGGUUCAGCAUGGGCCUUUUUCGUAUUAGCCACGGCACCUCGUCGAGAGGAUCCGCACUCGUACGGCGGGACUGCACGAUUUGUGAUCUGGAGAAAAGGGUGCUUGAGCUAGAGAGGAAAUUGGGAAAGAUGGGGAAGAGGGUUGGAGGGGUUGUCGAUGAGGUACAUGAGUAUGUGGACGAAGCUGUUGAUGGGGUAUGGCAUUCGUUGAAGAAGCAGGAGAGGAGGUGGGAGAAGUGGGAGGGGAGGGUUAGGGAGGUUGAGGAGAAGGUCAACAAGUCCCCCUCGGCCCCGGAGCGAGGCAGGCUCAGUUUGGAUGGGGCGUAUGCGCAUUCGUUGCUUGCUUAUGUGCUGCCGCAGUGGCUUUUGGAUUUUGAGGCGCCGUAUUAUACGACGGGGCUGUACUAUGGUCCUUCUUUGUACUCCCCCACCACCACAUCCACAAUCGCAUCGAGGCACCACCACCACCAUCAUCAGCACUAUCAGCACCCCUCCUUCCCUUCGUCUCCGUCGACCCUGCUGGAGACUAUCGUCGAGGAAGACGAUUCAACGACGGCUGUGAAUGGGAAGUGUCAAGAGAAAGAGAGGUAUCGGUGCCCUUUCUUGGCGCGCCCGAUGUGGAUUACGUCGAGCAUUAUUAUGCGGGUUGGAUAUCUUUUGAUGGCGCCAUUGAGGGCGGUUGUUAGGAUGGUUUUGAGGCGUCAAACGUUUCUUUCUCUACCCAGCCAGAAUGUUGCUCCCCACUCGCUCUUUGCUACCCAACCCGUCCCGAAGAACAGGUUCUUGGUAGCGAUUCCAGAUAACCGAUCCCAGAAAACCGAUCCCCGCCAAUCCGUCCUAGCUGCUACCAUUCCCGGAGAAUCGGUCCCCGUUAUUGUUUCCUGCUACCCUGUUACCUCUCCAAACAACCGCGCUUUGCUAUCGCUCUUUUCUCCUACCACCUUGCUACCACUACCUUUCCCCCUGCACCCUGAUACCGUCUCCCCUUCUUGCUGA